UAUGGACAGCAAAAUGAAAGCGCCCUUUGGCAAGUGGAAUAAGCGGCCUGUUGAGAACACAAAUUGUAUGAUUAAAUCUCUCAUAAAAUUCGUUGAAAUGAAAGAAGAGGGAAAAUCUAGCAAGAAGAUUUCUAAUAAAUAAGGACAAGUAUGUUUCAAGGAUGGCUGAAAUAGUGACAGGAAAGAGCUCAAAAUGCCCAAAUACAUUUACUAAUAUGCUUGAAAUAGUAUCUGAAUCAGCUAAAUAUCCUAGCCAAUUGCUAAAAAUUUAUAGCAAUCUGUCAGUUUUCGCAAAGGAAACAAUCAGUUUACUCUUAUUAAUCCUAAACGAAUUCAUGGGACUUGAAGCAGAUCCAAACCCUCUCUCAAUGUCUCUUGCUCCUAUGGGUGACGAUUUCAUCGAUGAAAUCCUAGCUAAACCGACUUACAAGAAAUUACUCGGGAUCUUUGCAAGGCAGCCAGAAACCAAUCAGUGCUUAUUGAGACAAGAAGUCCUCCAAAAGUUAGCAGAAGGAGUCACCAGUGAAGGUGAAGCAUGGAUGGAAAUCCUUGAACAAGUCUUCAUCUCAGAGCAGCAUCAAGAUGUCAUCAGCAGGUACAUUGGUGACAACUACGCAGAUGUAAUGGGACUCUUCAAAGGCAUUUUGAAACACGAAUCAAAAGGAAUCCAGGUGAGAGGACUGAUCCUCCUCAGUGAGUUGCUUAAUAGGUGAGGUAGCGUAAAGGAUUUCACAGAGAAGUACCUUGAAGACAGGGAAAAUCUUGAUCUAGUCAUAUGCUUGAUCACCGAUGAAAGUGCUGAUGUCAAAGAUUCCGCAUUUGAGCUAUUAAUAAUCUACCUAUACACUCCUAAAGACAUGAAGAGUGAUGAAGUCAAUGGUCUUAUAGAAGAGAAUUGAGAGAACUUAAUAACUAUCAUAGAGAAAGAUCUCGAAGUGGUCAAGGAAGAAAAACAGAUAAAACAAAGAAAGGAAGCCAUUGAAUGGCUCACCCAGAUUCAUCAAAAUAUGUAACAGCAGACGAAAACUAUUAAUAAAUUUCAGAAUAA